AUGACCACCUCAGUCACCUAUCCGCGCCCCGACUUCCAACGCUCCGGACUCACCUGGUUCCCGUUAGACGGCGCCUGGGACUUCAUCUUCGACGACGCCGACGCCGGCCUCACCCAGUCCUGGGAGCAACAAGGCCUCCCCCAGGAAAAGCGCACCAUCACAGUCCCCUAUGCCUUCCAAACCCCCGCAUCCGGAAUCGGCCUACACGAAGCCCACGAGGUGCUAUGGUACGAGCGCACCAUCAGCGACAUCCGCUCGGCCGACGAGAUCGCCCGCGGCCACCGCCUGCUCGUGCGCUUCGGUGCCGUCGACUACGAGUGCGCCGUGUGGGUGGACGGGCGCCGCGUCGGCGGCCACCGCGGCGGCCAUGUGCCCUUUGACGUGGACGUGACGGACGCGCUGCGCCCGGGGCAGGAGAGCGCGCGGCUGACGCUGCGCGUGCGCGACUCGCCGACGGACCUGACCCAGCCCCGCGGGAAACAGUACUGGGGCCCUGUACCCGAGAGUAUCUUCUACACGCCGACGAGCGGGAUCUGGCUAUCUGUGUGGAUGGAGAGUGUGCCGGCCAUGCGGCUGUGCUGUGGGAGUGGCGGGACGGUGCUCCGCGCGGAUGAUAUCGAGCGUGGAGAGUUGCAUGCCCGGGUAGCGGUUGCGGGGCGGCCGGCGGGGGCGACGUGUAGCGUGGAGAUUGAGGCGAGUCUGGGCGGCGUGUCGGUUGGGAAGGCUGCGGCGGAGGUGCCGAAGGAUAAGGCGUUUGCGACGCUGGAUGUGGAUAUGAAGGUGCGCGAUCCGGCGCCGUUGCAGGCGCAGGCCCCGUUUCGUGUGGAAGAUGCAUGGCAUGAUGGUGUGGCGCUGUGGGCGCCGGAGCAUCCGAGUCUGUAUGACUUGACGCUGCGGUUGUAUGAUGCCGCUGGCACGGUGGUCGACGAGGUGCACACGACGACCGGCAUGCGCAGCCUGUCCUGGCAGACGGGCGACGGCACGUUCCGUCUGAACGGCAAGCCGUACUUCCAGGUGCUGGUGCUAGACCAGGGAUACUGGCCGGAGACUGGUAUGACGCCUCCGUCUGCGGACGCCCUCAAGGCCGAUAUCGAGAUGGCGAAGCGGGUGGGACUUAAUGGCUGUCGCAAGCACCAGAAGGUGGAAGACCCCAUUUUCCACUACUGGGCGGAUCGAUUGGGGUUUUUGGUAUGGGGCGAGAUUGCGGACGCGUAUGAAUUCAGCGACGAUUUCGUCGAGCGGUUCAAUAGUGAGUGGAUGGAGGCUGUUAGACGUGAUAUCAACCACCCGUGCGUGGUGGCGUGGACGCCGGCCAACGAAAGCUGGGCCUACACGUCUCUCAAGGACAACAUCGAGCAGCGCAAUCACCUGCGGUCGGUGUACUACAUGACCAAGACUCUGGAUCCCACGCGUCCGAUUAACGACAACUGCGGAUGGGAACAUGUGCUCACCGAUCUGACUACGUUCCACGACUAUAGCGACUCUGGCCCUCUCACCGAGACAUGUGCGAAGAUGGAGGGUGGAAUCCUAGGGAAGAAGGAUGGCCGCGAUCUGUUCGUUAAACCGCUGUAUUCGGGCUCUACACUGCUCGAUCCCGGCGCGGAGCAUCGACCAGGGGCGCCAGUGAUUUGCAGUGAAUUCGGAGGAGUGAAUAUCGCGCCUCCAAAAGACGCAUCCGGGGCCACAAGGGACUGGGGCUACACGACUGCACAAGACCCGACGGAUUAUCUGGUUCGGCUGGAGAAACUGGUGAUGGCGGUGAUGAAGGGAGGGCACUGCUGUGGUUUUGUCUACACUCAACUGUGUGAUAUCGAGCAGGAGGUGAAUGGAUUUUAUUCCUAUGACCGCAAGGAAAAGGUGCCGGCGGCCAGAGUUAAGGCCAUCAUGGAUGCGGCACAGCAGUACUACUAUACGCAUACGCUCGCAAAGCAUAGCAAGGGGGGAACAAUCCCACGGAUGCUUCGCUCCUGGAUUCAUCGCAAGGAUUGA